GACAGCAUGAGCACUCGUUUCAUCAGCUUGACAGUUUCUAUGACAACAUGGACGCUCCCGUUUUCUGUUUACGGAAAAAGGAUGUGACGUAGGACGCAGUCUGUGUAGCAGAAGUUUGAACCGUUUAGAUCUGCAGAAGCUGGACAUUAUGAACAAACAAGAAGAGACAUGGGAGAAACUGGACUCAGAGUUUGACCAUCACCUGGUUGACAUGAAACCAUAUGUCCUAAAACUCCCCCACAAGACAGAGCGCCAGCUGUGUGCCCUGUGGAUCAAGAAGCUGUGUGACCCAGGUGUAUCCGGCUCGGGCCUGAUGGGACGCAAGAACCGCAACAUGUACGCCCGCCUGCUCCUGCACAUGCUCAGAAGAGGGGUCCUGGAGGGCCCUUUCAGCCACAAGCCAGAGUCAGGCAGUCUCAAGACUCUACCAACAUAUAUGUCCAUCUACUUUGACGAGCCUCUAUGUGGCCGGGGCCUGGAGCAGAGCACUGCAGGCCUGCCUGACUGGGUAACGGGAGAGCUGGGCCAGGGUGACGACUCCUGGGACAGCCUGCUCAGAGAGAGGGCCAGGUCCUCUCCCACAGCCUACUCUAACACACACAGGAGAAGACGGCUAUAUGAGGAGAUGUCUCCAUCUCAGCCCCUGGCCUCCAGCCCAGUGAAACGCUCUUCUGAAGACCACAACAAAGGGGUGGAUGGCCACAGGAAGCCAGGGGUGCCGUCUCCUGACGACAGUGACCUGGAAACUCGCCUCAACAGCUGGAACCUGGGGAUUGAGAACCCCAGGUAUUUGAGAGAGAACCCUAUCCCCUUGUCUCCGAUAUUCCUCAAAUCCAGCCUGAAGAACAGCACCGGGACUGAUGAGCAGACCCCAGUAGCAAGACAGGAGAAAGAGGCUGAGAGACUGAAGACUAAAGUCCUGGAGGCCAAGCACCAGGAGGAGAAACUGAAGAUGCAGCAGAGGCACGACGCAGACGUGCAGAAGAUUUUAGACCGUAAGAAUGGCGAGAUCGAUGAGCUGAAGACCAUGUACAGAGCCAAGCAGAAGGAAUCGGAGGAGAGUGUGCGCAAGCUGGAGAAGAAAGUUCAAAGCGUGCUGCGCGAGUCCCAGGUCAUCCGUGAGAGCAAAGAGAAGCAGAUCGGCGAGCUGAAGAAGAUGUCAGAUCAGAGCACUGACUCCCUGAAAAACGAGUGGGAGAAAAAGCUGCACGCGGCGGUUGCGGGCAUGGAGCAAGAGAAGUUUGACUUGCAGAAGAAGCAAACAGAGAACAUUCAGGUGCUGCUGGAGGACACCAACCAGAGGCUGGCCAAGAUGGAGGCUGAGUAUGGCGCCCAGACACAGGCUACCGACCAGACAGUGCGGGAGCUGGAGCUGCGUGUGAAGCAGCUGUCAGUGGAGGUGGAGAACGGUAACGUGCUAAGGCAGAAGGUGACCCAGGAGAAGGGCCAGCUGGAGAUCCACAUUGCCUCUAUCAGCUCUGAGCUUCAGGAGGCCAACCGACAGAGGGUGUCUCUGCUGAGGGAGAAGGAGCAGCAGAGUGAGCAACAUGAAGACACACUGCAGAGGCUCCAGACCAAACAUGAGGCUGACAUCAGCCACUUCCAACAGGAACACACACUCUCCGCUGCUAAGGCCUCUGAUGUGAUUGAGGACCUGGAACAGACAGUGGCUCAGCUCAGACAGCAGCUACAGGACAGUGAGCACAGGAGACUGAAACAACUCGGGGACACAGAGAAUAAACUUCAACAAGAGAAAGCAGAUCUGCAGCACCACUGUGAGAAAAAGGUGCGUGCCCUACACAACGAGGCGGAGAAAGAGAGGGAAGAGACCAAGAAGAAGAUCUCCAAACUUGAAGAGUCACUGAAGGAGAAGGAGGAGCAGCUGGGACGUGAGAGGGAGUGUCAGCGGCAGCAGACCCAGCAGGCAGAGAAUGCUCUGGAACACUUUAAGAAGCAAGUAGAGAUCAGCUCAGAGAAGACCUACGCUAACAUGAAACUACAGAUGGAUAAGGUGGAGGAGGAUCUGACCCGCUCCAAGUCCCUAAGAGAGAAACAGGCCAAGGAGUUCUCCUACCAAGUGGAGGAGCUCAAACAGAAAUACGAACAGCAGAUGUGCGAGCAGCGUGCAGGGCAGGAGCAGGAGAGGAUGCGUCUACAGCAGCAUUACAGCACGGAGAGGGACAAUCUGGUCCAGCAGCGCCAGCGGGAGGUGGGCACCAUGGAGAGGGAGGCGCGGGCCGCCCUGCACCAGCACCAGCACCAGACCCAGGAGUGGAGGCAACACGACGCCCAGGUCAUCUCUGACCUGGAGGAGCAGGUGUCCUCUCUGAGGGAUGAGCUGCAGCAGGCCCACAGCCAGAGGAAGCAGCAGCUGCUGGAGCUGGGGGUGCUCAGGGAGGAGGAGAGGCAGCGCGCGGCCCAGGACCAGGAGGCCUCCCUGGGCAGGCUGAGAGCCGAGAUGGACCACAUCCGCCUGGAGCUGGAGACGAGCCACAAGGCCGAGAGACAACUGGCCCAGGAGAAGACGAACACCAGGCUAAAGCAGAUUGAGAAGGAAUACAGUCAGAAGCUUGCCAAGUCUGCUCAGUUGAUAGCGGAGCUGCAGACGUCAGUGCGUGGUGCUAAGGAGGAGGGCUUGCGGCAGCAGCAGGAGAAGGAGAGACAGUUGAAGGAGGCUACAGCUCGCUGGGAUGAUGAGAGGAGGCAGAUGAGCCGCCACACAGACACUAAGAACAAGGUUCUGCAGGAGAAGAUGGAGAAUCUCCAGAGGCAGCUGCACUCCUCCGAGAAGAAACUACUGAACAAAGAGUUAGAGAACCAGGAGCAGCUUCUCUGCCCAAGACUUCACACAGAUGUUUCCCGCCUGCUUCUUCCAGAGCCCUCUCGGACUCCCCGCUGUAAAAUGGCGGCUCGGCUGCACCUCACGGUGACGGUGGUGCUUCAGGAGUGUGCGAUGAAAAUGAAAGGGCUGAUGCCAGCUGAGCUGCGACAGGAGCUGGAGGACACCAUCUCCUCUCUCAAGUCUCAGGUGAACUUCCUCCAGAAGAGAGCUUCUGUGUUACAGGAGGACCUGGAUGCCUGUCACAGCAGGAGGUAACCAUGGACUGUUCUUCCCUUGGCCACACCCAUUAUCCGGACAUGAAGAAUAAGACAGUCUAUCAGAUGUGAGAAUCAUCGCCACAGUUACCAGGCAUCACACAUCUGUCAUGCCAUGGGUGCACCAAUCAGUUGUGCCAGUUAUGUUGGCCACACCCACACUGUUUUUAACUACUAUGGAUUUGUACAUAUUUAUUCACUGUCAGAUUUUUUUUCACAUUCCCCGUUAGAAAUCAAUAAUUUUUCAUAACUUUUUGUGGAUGUUUAAUGUGCGUACUAUCCAUACAUACACUAUAAAUACAAAGUUAUGUGGACACCCAUUUAAAUGAGUGGAUUCUGCUAUUUCAGCCUCACCCGUUGCUGGCAGGUGUUUCAAAUCUAGCACACAGCCAUGCAAUCUCCAUAGAGAGACAUUGACACUAGAAUGGCCUUACUAAAGAGCUUAGUGAU